UCCUCAAGGGAAUCCAACCUAGCUGGGUUUUAAUCUCUUUGGAUAGUGGCCUCAGCUGUAAAAAGUUUCAACUAAGAUUUUAAUGGCCAGAUUUAAGUAAUGUACCAGAUAAGAUCAGCAGGUAUUCCAAUUACAUACACCAUUAAAAGGCCUUUUGUAAGGGUUUUAAAAUCACUAUUAAAACUGGUCCAUGUGCUGCGUCAUUCACCAGCAGGGAAGAUUUCAGUGUCCUGCAGAAAUUUCAUAUAAAAAGGAAGCUAGAAAAUAGUGAUGUCGAGAUACUCAACACACCAAAGGACACUUGGGAUCUCUUUGGCUUUUGCCUCCAAACAGGUAAAAGACUUUGCAUUUCUAACACUAUUUUUAAUGUUGCUUGUUACUGUUUAUCUAAAGGGUAUUUUAUACCAAGGGCCAAGUCUAGAUGUGAUGGUGUCUGUAGAAGCCUUGACCUUCACUGACCUUAUCACGCCUCUAAAGGUGGGGAUCCAACCUUUGGGGAACCCAGCAACUCAGUGUUGGACUUUGGCUUUAACUUUGUCCCCAUCAGAUGAAAAUAAAUCGAGGCACAUUUCAUCAAGUAACUAGAGGCUCCCUCAGCAAGGGAGGCAUUGGCUAUAGGCUCAGCACUUAGAGUAGUAUUGAGUCCUCCAUGAAGCUUCACCGGUGGCCCAGCCAGCAGGAAUGCUUAUUACCACAGUUAAAAGUUGAGCAACUUCAUAUUAACUGGAGAUACCUAGGGGGCUUAUUUUCCUAGCUGAUGGUUUAGUUUCCUUACUCUUAACAAAUGGCUGGGAACCAAUCCGCAGUCUGCAGGCAAAAUGUGAAAUUGAUAAGGGGUGAAUGUACAAGGUUUUGGAUAAGCAAGCAAACAAUAAAAGUGGACUUCUUUAGCACAACAGAAGUGUGUGCUAAAGUACAGGUGUUUGUCCGCAAUGGCUAGGAAACUCAAGCAAGCAGAUAGAUGCCUGUCUGUUAAAAUUGUACGGUUCCCACUUCCAGCUUUGGAAGGAUUAGUGAUGCAGAUGCUCGGCUGUGCAUUCAGAGUUGUUGAUUUUCACUCCCCACAAUCCGGGUCUGUAGUGACUGUGUCUUGAUGUUUCUUAGAAUGGAGCUGACCCCCAAACUUGUGGUCACUCUUCUGCUGCUGACUCUGUGGGUGGAAGGCUGCUCCAGCCAACACUGGUCCUACGGAUUGCGCCCAGGAGGCAAGAGAAGUACUGAGCGCUUGGCUGAUGCUUUCCAAGAGACAGCCAAAGCCGUGGAUCCCCUGGCAGAACCCCAGCACUUUGAAUGCACCAUCCACUGGCCUCCCUCGCCCCUCAGGGACCUGAAAGGAGCUCUGGAAAGUCUGAUUGAAGAGGAAACUGGGCAGAAGAAGAUGUAGGGCAUCCUGGUCCAGAAAGGAUCCACAGCACCUAAGUCUAACAUUAACACUGAAAUUUGUGACCCAUCAUAGAUCUGUAAAUUGUGUGCGUUUUAAGAAUUCUUAUACCAAGCAGCACAUACUUCAUAAUAAAGUGAU